AUGGCGGCUUCUGCUUCUCUUUGGAGCUUGAAGAAGUAUGAUGUGUUUCUGAGCUUCAGAGGCGAAGACACCCGAAACAAUUUCACAAGCCAUCUUUAUAAAGCCUUGUGCGACAAAGAUAUCGAGACCUACAUUGACGAGAACAGCCUCGAAAGAGGAGAUGAAAUUACUCCGGCACUUGUCGAUGCGAUCCGCCAAUCCAACAUCGCCAUUGUCGUCUUCUCCAGAGACUACGCUUCUUCAUCGUGGUGCUUAACGGAAUUGGUUCAUAUACUCGAAUGCCACAACAAGGAGAAACAAAUUGUUUUGCCUAUAUUUUACCAUGUUGAUCCCUCUGAUAUACGGAAACAGCGAGGGGGUUAUGGAGAAGCUUUUGAAAAACAUGAGGAGAGGUUCAAGGACAGCAUGAACAAGGUACGAGAAUGGAGAUCUGCGUUGGAAACAGCUGCCAAUCUCUCUGGAUGGGAUUCGAAAGACAGGGUUGAAGCCAAAUUAAUUGAGGAAAUCGUCAGAGAUGUUUUGCGCAAAUUAAAUAAUCUAACAUCAAGUGAUGGUUUGGAAGGCCUAAUUGGAAUCGAAAAACACAUUAGAAAAAUCAAAAAGUUUUUAAGUUUUCAGUCAACAGAUGUUCAUGUUGUUGGCAUUUGUGGAAUGGGUGGUAUAGGCAAGACCACCAUUGCCGAUGUCGUGUUCAAGCAGCUACUUUCUCAAUUCGAAGGUUCUUGUUUUCUUGCAAAUGUUAGAGAAGAAACAGAGAAACUCGGAAUAAGAAGCUUGCGAGACGAGCUUCUUGCCCAACUUCUAAAGGAUGAAAAUAUAUAUUCAGGAAAUCCGUCCUUGAAACCGGCUUUGGUUAGGAGGCUCCGCCGCAAAAGGGUACUCCUCGUUUUGGAUGAUGUGAAUGAUUAUGAGCAAUUCGAAUAUUUAGCUGGCGGUGAUUGGUUUGGCCCUGAAAGUAGAAUUAUAGUAACCACUAGAGAUUUGCAGGUGCUUACAAAUAUUAAUGCUAAUGCAAAAUAUGAGGUUAAGAAAUAUGAGGUUAGGCAAUUGGAUUAUGAUGAUGCUCAUCAGCUUUUUAGUUUGACCGCAUUUAAGGGAAUUGAGUCUCCUCGAUCAGAUUAUGUAGAGGUGUCAAAAGAGGUGGCACUAUAUGCCGGAGGGGUUCCGUUGGUUAUUAAAACUUUGGGUUCUUAUCUUCGAUCUUGUGUUUUGAAGGGAAAACCGUGGGAGAUGACAUUGGAGACACUGAAAGAAUGUUCCCCUGAAAAUGUUCAGAAGAAGUUAGUAAUAAGUUAUAAAGGGUUAAAUAAGAUGGAGAGGGCCGUCUUUCUUGAUAUCGCUUGUUUCUUUAAAGGAACGUAUCGAGAUGAUGCAGCGGAUGUAUUAAAAAAUUUGUAUAAAUCUGCAAAUUGGCUGAUAGAGAAUCUCAUAGAGAAGUCUCUCCUAACAACGAGAGGUUAUGAGAGACAGCUAUGGAUGCAUGAUCUACUGCAAGAAAUGGGAUGGGAAAUUGUUCGCGAAGAAUCCAAAAAGCUCGGAAAACGCAGCAGGUUGUGGAUUGCUCAGGAAGUCUGUGACGUCUUGGAGGAUGAUAAAGGAACUGAAGCAAUUGAAAAGAUAAUCCUGGACGUAGAUAAAAUGGUCGAAGAUAUACGCUUGAGUGCUAUGGUUUUCCAAGGCAUGUCUAAUCUAAGAUUGCUUAAAAUUUAUAGUUUUUGUGAUACCAACAAGUGCAAAGUAUACUUUCCCGAAGGUCUCCGGUCUCUUCCACGUGCACUUAGAUAUCUCGAGUGGCCAGCGUUCCCUGCAAAUUCCUUGCCAUCGAAAUCUAUGCUGCGGAAUCUUGUUGAGCUUAAAAUGCCCUAUAGUCAGCUUGAACAACUUUGGGAUGGAUCAAUAGCCCAGCCUCUUGAGAAAUUAACACACAUCGAUCUUGGUCAUUCCACGAAACUUGCUCAAUUCCCAAAUCUGUCUGGGGCUCCAAAUCUUGAGAUUGUAAAUCUUGAACACUGUACAAGUUUGCUUGAAGUUCCUUCGAGUCAUUUGCAAAAUGUUGACAAGCUUAUUGAUGUCAAUUUGAGCCAUUGCACAAGUCUAUCCAGUCUUCCAGACACAAUUGUUGCCAGAGCACUUAAAGUUCUUAAGCUCAGUGGUUGCUGUCGUCUCACUAGUAUUCCACAGAUAAUCGGGACGAGUAUGGAAAGCUUAUACUUAGAUUCCACUUCAAUAAAGGAAGUUCCCUCAUCCAUUGGCUCUCACAGCCAUCUUUCCUUAUUGUCUGUCGAAAAUUGUGAAUGCCUUGAGAGUCUUCCAAGCAGUAUUCAUGAGCUGGAGUUCAUCGAAUCUCUUGAACUUCGUCGGUGCUCUGUUCUUGAAAAUAUUCCAGAACUUCCAAAGAAUAUGAAAGAGUUGGCUUUGGGGGGAUCGCCAAUAAAAGAAAUUCCAUCUUCAAUUGAAUCUCUCUCGCGUCUCGAGAGUAUUCAUUUGUCUAGCUGCCAGAGGCUUGAGAGUCUUCCGAGCGGCAUUUUUAAGUUGAGGUAUCUCACUCAGCUUGUUCUCUCUAAUUGCUCAAAUUUGAGAAACUUUCCAGAAAUUUUGGAGCCUAUAGAAAACAUAAGAGUUCUUCGGUUAAAUGGAACCGGGAUUAGACAGUUACCCUCGUCGAUUCAUAAUUUAAUUCGACUGCGUCAUUUAGAUUUAAGUUGGUGUAGAAGUCUCGAGGGUCUUCCGAACAAGAUGUGUAUUAUGCAUUCUCUUCAGAUCCUCUCGCUUUCUAACUGUCAAAAGCUAGAUCGUUUGUCUACAUUAGCUGGUUUGACCUCAUUAGAAUCAUUAAAUCUAAGUGGAACAAGCAUCACCAGAAUACCUCCAAGCAUUAAGCGACUUUCGAAGUUGGAAGGUCUGCGCAUAAAGAAUUGCAAGAACCUCCAAUCUUUAACAGAGCUUCCUCUGUGUUUGGAGUAUCUUGAUGCAAGUGAGUGCCCAUUACUAGAAACACUGCCCAAUUCAGAAAAAGUACUGGCACUAGGGGCUAGUUGUGAUGACUAUCACAUUAGAGAAGAAAGUGUGGUAUCCUUUUUAUUUUAUGGAUGCCUAAAUUUGGACUCCAGCAAUGUUAUGAUUAACUUCCGGUAUAGAGUUCUACGCAAGGCAUUGCGAUACGAGCCUGGAGAUUAUCUGGAAGUGAAGUUCCGGAGUGGUUCAACUAUCGAUCUGAGGGAUCUUCAAUUAAGAUCAAGCUUCCUCCACAAUGGAAUAAGACCAAUUUCCUGGGCUUCGUUGUAUGCGCUGUUGCUUCUGGGGACUAUUAUCCUCACCCCGUUUCCUUGCGUCUUUCUUCUUAUUUUCGCCUGUUGA